AUGCUGCAUGCAGGGGAUACUGGGGUAGUGUGGCGUGUGUGUGUGUGUGGCAGCGAGGAGGAGGAGGAGGAGGAGGAGGAGGAGGAGGAGGAGGAGGAGGAGGAGGAGGAGGAGGAGGAGGAGGAGGAGGAGGAGGAGGAGGAAAUGCGACCUAAAGUGGGCAAGUGGAGUGGAGUGGAGUGGAGUGGAGUGGAAUGGGCUUACAGUGUGUGCAGGGCGGAGAGGGAGGAGAGCCACGAGAGGUCGUCGACGGUGCCGGUGAGCAAGCAGCCGUCUGCUCCCAGGGCGCUGUAG